AAGCUGCCGACACCUUUAAUAAUGUGUUCCAUUUCGUGUUUCUGCUCUUCUUUUCUUCCCCCAGCCCCGACGCAUCUCCCCUUGAGAAAACCGAAUUUUCGGAUCUGCCCUGCUCUGCUCUGUCCUUCCACCAGCUGCUCUUGCUUGUGGGUGAGAAAUUCCCUGAUUUUUCGAUUUGCUGAUUUUCCCCUGCACUGCUGCCGGCUUCUUCCCUCCACCAGGUCCGGUUUUGCUUGCUGGAAAAUUGUGGGUUUCUGAUCGUUCUGUCAGUUUAGCUCUGAGAUCGAGUCUUCAGUUUUAUGCGGGUGAGGUAAGUAAAUUAUGGUAACGCCCUUCGAUUUUAAAAGUAUAUUUUAACUUGUUUUUGAAGUGGUGGCGGGACCAAACCCGUUUUAUACAAAAAUGAACAUGAUUGAUUUGAAAUAAGAUUAUUAUUCUUUUUAUUGAUUUGAGUAUGCCUGCUUGGAGUUUAUUUAACUACCUUGAUGAUUUGGAAAUUAUCUGUAAAGUAUGAUUUUCUGUUAACUUCUGCCUAUUUUGUCUUUGAUAUGGUCAUGUUAUUUGUGUGCUAGCUAGUGGGAGGUUUAUAAAUGUUAGCACAUGUCGACAUGUUACUGAUAGAACCGAUUCGUUUCUGUUAUCCUGCUAGUUGGAUUAUACACUAGUAAAUCGUGUGCCUGCCAGUGGGAGGUUUAUGACACUGGCCGUGACCUAUAGAGGAGACGUCUAUUUCAUUCCCGUACUGUAUCCGUUUUUCGUGAUUACACUUGUUGGCAUGUUAUAAGUUUAAUAAGGGGCACUACAUAUUUUACUUACUGAGUUUUCUCAAGUUUUUCCUUAUCCACCAUUUCAGGAAGCGAAACCGAGGACGGGGAAACCAUGAGAAGUGACGAGUUAGAAGGCUAGCCAUUUUGAGAUUGAUAUAGAUUUUAGAAAUAAAUCAUGCUUUUGUAAAAUAGAUUUUACCUUGAAUUUAUGAGAUUAAAACAGAUUUCGAUCAUUAGAUCAAUUACUUGGAUUUAAGUCAUUUGGAUAUAGAAAUAAAUUGAGAUGUUUGAU